UUUGCAACGGCGUCAGCAACUAACAUCUAUGGCCAACGUUGCCAGAUUGGGACAACAUAUUUCCCGCCCAAUCUGGCAAUACUGUCUAAAAGCAGAGAAUGUCUAAUAUGAGACGGGCUCUGCAAGGCACUUGUAUGUGUCGUCAUCAAUCUGCGCCGGGUGGAAAACGUGUGCAGUGGAGUAAAAAAAAAAAAGAGAAAGGCUGAAGUGUGUUUCCACGUGAAGAAGUGGAGACAUGGCGGCGCUACAAGAACCAGAAAUCCAGUUCGCUCAAAGAUUGGCUUCCAACGAGAAGCCGAUUCGAUCCAAGGCCAUAAAGAAGCUGAGGAAAUAUAUCAUCGUCAGGUCCCAUAAGAGUAAAGGUGGGUUUAGCAGUGAGGAGCUACUGAAGCUAUGGAAGGGGCUGUUCUACUGCCUGUGGAUGCAGGAUAAACCACUCCUACAGGAGGAGCUUUCAAAUCAGAUCUCAAGUCUGUUUCACUGCUUCCAAAGCGCAGAUGGCCAGUUUUUGUACCUGGAAGCCUUCCUGCAGACUGUCAAAAGAGAAUGGACUGGCAUCGACAGGUUACGAAUGGACAAGUUCUACCAACUGGUGCGUUUUGUAUUCAGGCAGACGUUUGAGAUGCUGAAGAAGAGGGAGUGGGAGGCCAGCUUGGUCAACAGAUUUUUGGAGAUGCUGACCUCCCAGGUGCUUCAGGGCAAUGGCACAGCACCUUCUGGCCUGCAGUACCACAUCCUGGACCUCUACCUGACGGAGCUGGCACGGGUCGGCUCAGACGAGCUCAGUGCCGAGCAAAAUCUCACCCUCAUCAUUCCCUACUGCAAAAUUGUGGCCAAAACCAAGGACAACACCCUGUUCAAGGCCAUCUGCAACAGCAUCUUCAGCACCAUCAUUGACCAGGCUCCCUUCGCCAUCGAGGACCUGUUCAGGGAGAUGAAGUCCGCUGAGCACUCGGACUCCGACUCUGGUCAUGCCGACCAAGAUGAUGAGGAGGAGGAAGAGAAGAUCAAGGGCCAACCUGUUGGAAAGAAAUCCAAAGAGAAACCAAAGGGGAAACGGCUCAAUGGAACUAAAUCAAAGGUAGACGACGAGGAGGAGGAGGAGGAUGAUGGUCAGUCGUCGGAGAUCUCGGACACGGAGCUUCCCGACGAUGAAGGAUCAGAACCUGUGCUGCAGGUUAGGACGCUGAUGCACGAACACACGCUCACCACCGUGAAGCACUCGGCACACUCCCACCACCACCCUAAGCGCAAACACACCCUAGUGUACAAUAGGGCUGUCACUUUUUAUUCGAAGUUCGAAUAUUAG